AAAAAAAUUAAAAAAAAAGAAAGAAGGAAAGAAAGAAAAAGUCAAAUCGUUUAAGCAACACUCCUCGGAGUGCUGUUUCACUCCGUUGCGUGACUUGCCCUCGCUGGUUUUUCCAGCGAUGUUCGCUUGGAACAUGCCUGGGAACAUGCCAAAGCUGGGGGAUACUCUCCUCAAAUUCCUUGGGUUGAAUUGGCAUUCUUUACCCCACCGAAAUGGAAGGAGUAACGAACGCUCUACGGAAUCGUCCUCCAAGGAAAAGUUAACGAUGCCUGGGACAGCCACGCAUCCGGUUGAAAUGCCUUCACCGACUUCUCCACAGAGCCCACAUGGAUCAAUUUUGGAACGAGGAUCCGAAGAUUUCGUUCCUACCCAAGAUCCUCGCUCUCCAGGGUACACUGCGCACAAGAACCCUUCGUUCCGUCCACGUGAGGACUCCAGUAUCCUUUCCCUUCUAAAACCGUCUCAUGAUGAAACUCGUAAGGAUGCCGAUACUGGUUUUGCAAUUCCGGGGAGAUCUAAGGACCCACAGGAACACCAUGAUAUGCCAGGUAUUCUUGAUGCUGCGCACAUUGCCAAGCUACUGAGCACCAACAGCAGAAUACUAUCCCUACAGGAAAAAGUCUCCCUCAAAAGGUCUGAGGUGCAAGAGCUACGCACGGCCUUGAGAUUCAAGAGGGAAGAAGAGGCCGAGAUUAGGGCCCAGUUUAUCAGGCAUCUUACCGUGGCCCAGGAGGCCCAGACAACGGAUCAAAUAUUGCUUGAGAACAAUGAGGCCCUACUGUCCGCCACAGGGGAGUAUUCGGAUAUGGAAGCGGAAUAUAAUCGAAAAGAAAGCCAGCUGGAACGUGAUGAAUACACGCUUAUCAAGGCGAUGGAAGAUUUUGCCCGUUUGUCUCCGAACCAUUCCCUACCAACACCCGAGGAGACUCCCCUGGAGGAUCAGGAUAGAUCGAGUGACGUGAGUUCGACUACCAGCUCGGCCCCGGAAGAUCCCCCGGACGUAGUGGAAUACGUGUCCCGCGUAGCAGACGUGCGCAUAAUUCAGGAAGGCCUGAUUCACCUGGAUGAGGAGUGGCUGUUCAUCCGGGGGAAGCAGGAGGAGCGAGAGUCUUUAGGAAUAUCGAUGGACGACGAAUCCUUACAGUUUCUCCAGACCUAUGAAGAGGAACGGAGGGAGAUCUGUGAUGAAUUGUUCAAUGCACAACGAGAUAUUGACCAGCUGCGGGCAGUCUGCUUAACAAACGGGCACCUCACCGAUGAGUACAUCAGGGGCCGUGAUCUCGUAUAUGAAAUAAAUCCAUCCACCCUCGCCAAUCAUCCGGUAGAUCCGCUCAAGGUCUCUCCAGAAGAGGACGCCUCUCCUUUUCAUCCCGUUGAGGAACCAGUCAGCCAGAACCAGUUCGUCAAUAAAUGGCUUCUUCACCGGCUUCGACAAUCAAGUGUCGAGAUUAGUCACCUGAAAUCCUUGCCUGAGAUCAAAAGCCUAUUCGACCAGGGGUUUGACGAUAAAAAGGUCAGCCAGAUGUCAUUAGAAGAGUGGUUUGAGGAUGACGCAUCGAAAUCACCACCACCACCACCGGCAACGAGCGACAUGAGCGUCCAGGAGGCUGGUAGUGCAAGAAUCCAUUCCGUUUGAGACAAUACCAACCCAUCACUUCACUCUUUCAGUGUAUGUAGACCGAUAUGAGCUUUUUUUAGCCCAUGGUACUUCUUACUCACCUUCUGUCUUGCCUUUUUGUUUUAUGUUUCUAUUCUAUUCUUCCUGUCUUCCUAUCUUCCUGUCCUCGUGUUCUUUCCUUUAUUUUUCUUUCUAUACCUCUAUUCUUCUAUUCGUUAUUGUUCUGUUCUUGUGUCCUUGUGUUCUCCUAUUUUCUACUCUUUUACUCUCUCUCCCCCUCUCUAUUGUGUUUACCCUUAUUCCUAUUAACCCUCUCUCCUUUUAAUCUUUGCGUCACUUAUUCAUUGCGUCUUCCUUUUUCGGAUCGUUCUAGCGUCGGUUUCGAGAUAAGCACAAACUGUACUAUAGGUAGACAGGGAUAGUUGGCCCAUGUUGGAUUGCUAACGGGAUUGAAUAAGAGCUAGUUUCUAUUGAA